CCUCCUGCCCCCCUCCACCAUGAGUGACAUCUACGAGUCGGCGGCCAACUCUCUGGGCCUCUUCAGCAGCCCCUGCCUCACCAAGGUGGAGCUUAGAGUGACCUGCAAAGGGAUCUCAGACCGAGAUGCUCUGUCCAAACCGGACCCCUGCAUCAUCCUCAAGAUGCAGUCCCACGGGCAGUGGAUGGAGGUGGACCGGACAGAGGUGAUCCGCAGCUGCGUCAACCCCACCUACUCCAAGGUCUUCACCUUGGACUUUUAUUUUGAAGAGGUGCAGCGUCUGCGCUUCGAGCUGUAUGACAUCAACAGCGGGCACAACGGGCUGAGGGAGGCCGACUUCCUGGGGUCGGUGGAGUGCACGCUGGGACAGAUCAUCUCCCAGAGGAAACUGUCCAAAGCUCUGCUGAGACCAGGAGGAACGGUCGGGAAAGCCAUCAUCACUGUCUCAGCAGAGGAGCUGACGGGGAACGAUGACUACAUCGAGCUUUCCUUCAGCGCCAGGAAGCUGGACGAUAAGGUAGCAGCUUCUGUCUCUGAGAUCCAUCUUUGCUUGAAUGUGUUAAUAAAGGAUCUAAGCAAAUCCUCUCUCUGUCUCCCUCAGACGGUCAUGAAUAAUCUCAAUCCUGUGUGGAAAACCUUCAAAGUUUCUCUGAACUCGCUCUGCAGCGGAGACCACGAGCGGAAGCUGCAGUGCACCGUGUGGGACUGGGACUCCAACGGGAAACACGACUACAUCGGGGAGUUCGAGGCCUCGUUCACGGAGAUGAGGGGAGCCAUCGAUGGGCGACAGGUCCAGUGGCCGUGCAUGAAUCCCAAAUAUAAAGUCAAGAAGAAGAACUACAAGAACUCUGGGAUUGUUAUUCUGAACCAGUGCAAGAUCAUCAAGAUGCACUCCUUCCUGGAUUACAUCAUGGGAGGCUGUCAGAUCCAGUUCACCGUGGCAAUCGACUUCACGGCGUCUAACGGCGACCCUCGGAACAGCUGCUCUCUGCAUUACAUCCACCCCUACCAGCCUAACGAGUACCUGAAGGCCCUGGUGGCCGUGGGGGAGAUCUGCCAGGACUACGACAGUGAUAAAAUGUUCCCGGCGUUCGGCUUCGGCGCCCGGAUCCCCCCGGACUUCAAGGUCUCCCACGACUUCGCCGUGAAUUUUAACGAGGACAACCCGGAGUGUGCAGGUAUUCAGGGCGUGGUUGAGGCCUAUCAGGCAUGCCUGCCCAAGCUGCAGCUCUACGGUCCCACCAACAUUGCCCCCAUCAUCCAGAAGGUGGCCAAGUCCGCCUCACAGGAGGUCCACACCAAAGAGGCCAUGGCCUACUUCAUCCUGCUGAUCCUGACCGACGGCGUGAUCACGGACAUGGCCGACACCAGGGAGGCCAUCGUCCAGGCCUCGCACCUGCCCAUGUCCAUCAUCAUCGUGGGGAUUGGGAACGCUGACUUCGGAGACAUGCAGAUGCUGGACGGAGACGAUGGGAUCCUGAGGUCCCCCAAAGGAGAGCCUGUCCUCCGGGAUAUCGUCCAGUUUGUCCCAUUUCGCAACUUCAAACAUGCGUCUCCAGCUGCUCUGGCGAAGAGCGUCCUAGCAGAAGUGCCCAACCAGGUGGUUGACUACUACAACAGCAAGGGCAUCAAGCCCAAAGUGCCCAGUGAAUACCAGUCUUCCAGGCCGUUCGGGCCCUAAGCUCCGCCUCCACAGCGGCCCAGCAGAAGCACCUCAUGAGAACUUCACCAAAUGUUUACUGUUACAUGUUCUUCGUUGAAGCGGACGCUGAAGGUGACACUGCUCAGACGUCUUUGCAGUUUCACUCGGUUCUGACAACAAAGUUUUAACAAAAGGAACUUUUUAGAACCCUCAUGGUUCCUGGUUUUCCUUCUGCUACUUCAGUACCUGAACUUCCAUGAUUUCAAAUAAGUUAACUAAAGGUAGCUUUCAGAUGUCAUUGUUAGUUUUAGAUCAUUUCUUUGAUGGAGGAUCCUUCUGUGGCUCACUGCUCUCUAAGAACCAUAUAGGUCCAGAGUCAAUUCAGUCUGGAGAAAUGGUUCAGGUAAGUUCUCAGCUGUUCACUUUACUGUAGGAAGGACCCUUACAGCAAAGUGGGGUUGGGAGCAAGUGGAGGGUCACAACGUUGUUUUCCUCAGACUUUCCUUAAAAGUUUAAUCACUACAGUCUACAGCUAUUUAAAAUGUUUUUAUAUAUACCUUAAAUUUUGGGCAGGUAUGCAUAUAGUUCAAACUAGUGGAAGCUAUUGCAUCGUUGCAUACAGCAAAAUCCAAUUUGUUGAACAUUGCAAUGGAAAAAACAACACAGAGACAGGAGAAUUUAGAGAAGCCAAUUAACUGCGCUAUGUUAUUCCACGCCACAACACCAGAGGGCCAAUCAGGAACUAGCUGUGGGUCUAGAUA